AGUUUUUAGAUGCGAUACCAAAUGUUUGCUAUGGAAACAUGGCAAUAGUACAAAAAAUUAAAAUUUGAUUUGUGCAACAAAAAAGAAACGCUGUAAGCAGGUCCGUCAGCGUCAAGCGACCAAAAAACUUCAAGUGAUGGCGGUGCAUGGGCAUGCCGAGCUCAAAGACUUACAAAUCUUUGAGCUUCGUCCGCUUAUUACGAAUUUCAGCUGUAAGCUCUCCACCGUCACAGUCACACCAUUCGAUGAAAAACAAUUCCUGUGCCUGGUCAGCGAGGAAAAUGAGAUUGUGCUGCGUUAUAUCAGCGCUGGCGGUAGCCAAGAGGUCCUCAAGAUGAUCUCCUGGUUCCGGCGCACCAAUCGUGUCAUACACGAUGUCUGCUUCGAUCCUGCGGGCAUUUGGCUGUUGGUUCUAUGUUUCGACAACACGCUGCAUAUUGUGCCCGCACUCUCUCUAGUAGACAAGACGCACGAUUUGUCCGCCUGUUCGUUGUACAGCACCACGCAGGUGACAUCCUAUAUAAUACCAUUUGUUGGUCCGCACGAGUGUCCCAAUUCAAAGAAAUGCCCUAAUCAUUCUACGGCACGGGGCGAGGCGUUUGAACAGCAGUGGAAUUCGGAACAGUUGGCAGAGCAACUGCACCAUGUUAAACUGGACAAAGAGGCUGAUAAUUUAGACGAGGAGCCGCUGUGUCAUGAAUUGCCCGAUCAUUUGUUGGGCAAUGGUCCUGUGGCAGUGGAGUCUGCCACGGAGCAUGCCGUCCAAGUGCAAGCACCGCCCUUUGAUACUACGGGCAACAGUCAAGUAAUGGCUACGUCGUUCAUGGCAUCUAAAACGUGUCCCUAUCCGCUCUCUGUCGUAUGGUGGAAGACGUACUAUGGCUUAAAUCGCGCCAUUAUUGGCUACUCAGAUGGAUCCAUAUGCUUUGUGGGCCUAAGUCCAAAUUGUCCAAUGAUAGCCAGCACAACCAUUCAAAAUGGAUCCGUGGUGCGUUUGACAGUUUGCAAGGAUAAUACAUUUGAUGGGGUCAUGUUGCUGAUCACAUCGUCAGUUAAGGCUCAAUAUAAGCUGCUGCUCGAACAAAAAGCCAUCAAGUAUGUCUAUCCUGGUGAUAGCUCGCCUACGUCACGUGAGGGCGCCUGGCAGAUUGUCAUGUCCGUGCAUUCGAAGCAUCAAAACGCUGCCGGAAACGUUGCGCGCCAAAGCAACAGUUCUGAUCCGGCCUCGGACAGCAGCCAGCUAGAGGAGGAUGUUUUCGCGCCACCUGCCAGCGAUGAAAUCGCACCAAGCACACAAACAGUACCACUCACUGCUGGUGGUGCUGAAUCUAGUAUGGCAAUCAGUGAUGCCAACACGCAAAUGCCACCGUCGCCGCCAUCCUAUGCCGAAAGCAGUGGUGUGCGCUUCCAGCAGCAGCAGUUGGCCGUCAAUAGCUUCGAUGGCAUUUUGCCAGCCACACGGGCACGCCUUGCAUCUCUCAAAAGUCUGGGCUCCAAGAAGUUGCAGGCUAUCAAAUUGCGCCUCUCCGAUCAGCGACAAAAGAUAGACGAAUUUAUGCCAGAGACAAAUAUGGGCACAUUUGCUAUUAUGGACUCGCCAUCAGUUACACCGGAACCACUGGGCAACACCAACGGCUCAUUUUAUACCAUACAAAAUCUGCGUAGCACUUAUCUGUUGAGCGCUUUGCAUAGCAACAGCUGCAGCCUGACCGUGCACAGAAUCGAUAUUACUUUGAAGCCAUUGUUUUUGUACAAGAUACCCAACCACUGUGUGGACAUACUCAUUAGCUCCAAUAUAUUGUAUGGUAUACAAUAUGUGGAUUUGAACAGUCGCAGUGAUUCAGGCGCUUCAACGGCAGCUACGUCGCUGGAAGAGCCACUGGUGGCGAACACCGAGAAGGAGAGCUUAGAUGCAGAUACUGAAAAAUUGGAGCAUAUGGAGCCGGGUAAUACGAACAAAAGCGACGAGACGAGCGCAACAACCACAAGCGCAAGUAGCAUCGAUCAAAGCGAAAUGCCAACCAAUGCCAUCAAUGCGGUAAGCGUCAUUAGCAGCGCUAUGGCCUCGCUGCAUACCACCGAAGAUGAUCGAUUCAAUCAUCAGGCACAGCUGGCACUAUUUCGCUUUGAGCACGAGACUGUGCUUCAAUUGUAUCAGAUGGCGCAAUUUCGGAAUCUUGGCGGGAACAACCUUACCGAAACUCUAACGAAGGAGGAAAAGGCAAAAGCAUUUGAAAUCAAAGACAUACACACCCCUAUGGACUAUGUGCAGUUUUAUGAAUCGGCGGAUAGUAGUAAUGAAUUUUCUUUGCGGCAAAUGGAGAUUAUGCAGGGAGAGUUCCCAAAAAUCAACUAUGAUCCUUGCUAUGUUAUAACCAACAAAAAUGUCUACACCAUACAGCUGAAGAAGGAACCAUUUGAAAUCUUUCUGGACGCAGCGUUGCUCAGCGAAUGGAAUCAAUGCCGGGAGUUUUGCAACACCUUUGAUCUGUCCUUUGAGCAUUGCAUUGAGUUCGCUGGAGAUUAUUUGCUGCGGCGCAAAAAGAUUACUCAGGCGUUAAUCACAUAUAAUGUGGCACGCGUGAAACCCAUACGUACUGCACUCAAGUUGGCCAUGUAUGGACACACCUACGCGCUGAUGCAAUUGAGCGCCAUGGCCCUGAAGUCAUCUUAUAUUUUGCGAUCGCGCUAUUUGAGCCAUCCUUUGCUGAAGAGUCUUCUAUCGGAUAUAACUUAUCGUCAUUCGGAGGAUGUGCGCGAAAUAUUGCAAGCCAAAGAAAAGCCUGUAGACGUUGUGGUCAAUAGCGGGGACUCCUGCAGCGAUUAUCACUAUGGUGUCGAUGAGUCAAUUAGCGCUUUGCAAAUGUCGCCCUCAUCACAGUUUCAUUUGGCAAAUUUGCUGCUAAUAACGUUGGCCGAGAAGGCUGUAAACGAUAAGAACUAUCUGCCUUUGUGGAACUUUUUGGUCACUAACACCAAAUACCACACCAAUAUGACCAGCAUUGUGCUGUGCCAGAGCGGACUCUUUUCGGCCGCCAUAAUUUUGGCAAAAGUGCGUGGUGUUUGCUUGGACACCUUCAAUGCAUUGGUCAGCGUUGUUGCCCAGGAGUUUGGUUGGUACAACGAACUUAACGUAUGUUUGUACAAUCUAAGCGAGAAUAUAUUUAUGGAGACAAUCACAUAUUUGCCGCAAGUGUCAAUGGAUUACUUUACCUUUAUACAAGAUAAACUGGAACAUAUAAGACCCUGCGUGCUACAGCGUCUCGCUAUGCAGCUUAAUCCUUUUGCGCCUUCACUGCGUCCCAUUGUGUCACACAGCAGCAGCUCAAGCCACAAUGACAAUAAUGAACAUAUAUUUGAGUUCUGCAAAUGCCUAAUCGAAACGUAUUUGGCUGUGCUUAUUCAUUUGGAGUCACAGCGUGUCAAGCACGAUUCCAUUGUAAACGCCUUAUCAAAUUUUCGCAUCAACUAUGAGGACAAUCAGUUUGCCAUUGAAUCAUCACGUUUCAAGCCGAUCUCAGCUGGCUGUGCGUAUUGCGCCUGUGUUGUGGAUGGUGUGGCCUAUUUUUGGGGCUCCAGUGGCGUGCCCUGUUGCUUUAGUGCUCAGAAGUCAACUGAACCACCGGAACCUGCACAUGCUGUGAAAACAUUGGAGCUGCUGUCGCAACUUCAAUUGGAAGUACAUGCGCUCAAGUGUGGACGUCAGCAUACACUUAUACUCACCAAUAAUGGCCUGUAUGCCAUGGGCAAUAAUAGUCUCUGCCAGCUGGGCGUUGGACAGCAUAUGCAAAUGGCGCUACAACCUAUGUUGGUAACAGCUUUGGAUGGCAUGAACAUUACCAUGCUGGAGGCAGGCCAAUAUCAUAAUGCAGCCGUUGCUGAUGGCAAGCUCUACAUGUGGGGCUGGGGCAUCUAUGGCCAGCUGGGCAAUGGCCGUUGCGAGAACAUCGCAACACCAAAACUAGUCAGUUUCUUUAAGUAUAAGAAAAUUUUACAAAUUUCGCUAGGGCAUGCACACAGUUUGGUGCUUUGCCAGGCGAACUACAACAAAUUCGUAGAGGCUACUGACAUUGGCAACGAACUUUUUGUGUUCGGCUCCAAUCAUUUUGGCCAGCUGGGCACUGGCAACAUUGAGCAGAUUCAGGAUACGAAGACGAGUGUGCCAUUGCGCCUCAAACUGGGUGAUUGCAGCUUAAGACUGAUACACACGAAAUUUUUUACAAAUCUAGCUGUAGAUGAGAGGGAACGCAUGUACACCUGGGGCAGUUCGCCACAAGCGCUGCGUCUGGCCAAUCAAAUAAAGCGGCGUGCCAACGCCAAGCAAAAGUUAGAGGAAAAUCAACAGCGUGAGAUGCUUAGCAAGCGGUUAGAGGAAACGUUGCUGCCACCGUGUAACAACAACAGCGCCUUGGUGGAGCCAAGUACUUCCUAUGCCGCUGUUGUGGCAGGAGCUAUACCCAAGUCUAGUGCAGAAACCAAAGAGUGUGCCGAAGAUGAGGCCAUGCAAUCGGAUGCUUGCGAAAAUAUUAACUUAACAAUAAGAACAAGCACAGUGUCAGUACAGACAACGGCUGCGUCAUCAACUGCUCAACCUAGUACUGAGCCAGAUCCAACGGAGCACAUGAAGCCACAUCUAGUAGAUACCAGCGAGGUGGCUGGACAAAUACUGCAGGUCUCAAGCGGAUUGUUUCAUUUUGCAUUGAUAUCGUCUACGUGCACUCUGUAUACAUGGGGCAAGAAUCUCGAGCAUCAGCUGGGCACCGAGGACAAGGAUCGCCGUACAGUGCUUAAACCAUCACCCAUUGACAGCAUCGAGAGGCCCAUGUACGUGGAUUGCGGCGCCGAUUUUACUCUUGUCAUGACCACCGAUCACAUUGUCAAGGCCUUUGGUGGCAACUCGAACGGGCAAUGCGGCCGCGAUUUGGGCGCCAGUCUGGAUCGCAUGCGGCAGCGCGUCGUGUGUUUGCCUACCACCAAGCGGCUAAUGCGUUUUGAGACCCAGUGUGUUGAGGCGCCUGUAGAGAUCAAUUUACCGCGUCCACGUAUUCGUCUGGACCAAGAUCCUGUGCGUUACUUGAAGGUGAUACCGCCAUAUCAGCCGCACUUCUUGCAGCAGGCAAACAUAAGCUUUGAACAUCGCUACUCACCGGAAACGCUCAACUAUAAGUCCAGCACAGAUCAAGCGGGGACUGGCCAGGACUCAGAUGAUUUACUGAGCAGCCUGGAGAAUUUAAGCCACAACGAUGCUAGUUACUCAUACAAUGCACAGCAAUUGGCCGAUGUCAACAGCUCUCUAGAGUUAGACUUAUCGCCGGAAGAGCAGAGCUAUGUGCCGUUGCCAAAUCAGGGAGCGACGGGCUUGGCUUGCAACACUGCUGCCUUGCUCGGGGAUAGAGACGAUGCAAGCACCUGCACGCCGAGCUCUGAGGGCGCAGAUGUCUCUACAUUACAACCGUUGCGCCAUUAUAUACACUACUGUCUAUACGCCUUUCAUGGGCUGUACAAUCCGGACAAAAUAGCCGAAUGCUCGCGUGUGCAGCGCAACGAAUAUCGCAUUAGGAUUUGUAUGCUCAAUUUCAGAUUCGUGGAGGCCUUCCAGCUGUGCCUGCAUAGUUGCGACAACGCCCAGCGUACCCUUAAGCUUUUCGAGUACUUCAGCAAGGACACGGGCUAUGUGCCCCUUCAUCGCUCCGAUCUCAAGUAUCUUAUCUAUCACAUGUGUGUGCACUUUCUGGAGCUCAAGCUCGAUAUGCUCGAGUGUGAGCGCUACUUUAUGGCUGAUCUGGAUUACUAUCUGCUGGAGCUGGCAUAUGUAUUUUAUUUCAACAACAACAACUCGGCACUUGAACAGAAUCUCAACCAGAAGUUCAAGUCGCUGAUUGCGGCGUCGGAUAGCAAUCAACCAUCGACGAGUGCGCUCCAAGACACUGACGCCAUUUUUGAUAGUUUCACAGUUAAGUUCAAGACAAUCCUGUGCCAACGUCUGCUCAGCUAUUGUGAUCAAGAUGCCAGUGGCAGCAAUUAGCAUUGGCUUUGGCUUCGUGGUCAAUGGGGUCGAUCGAAGGACUUGCGGUUCUUGCUUUGAAUUUUGUUAGUUAUUUUUCACAUUCAACUCUGCAUAAGUUGAAAGUUUAUCGUGUUUUUUUUUUUUUGUUGUAAUUUCAAAGUUUUUACGAUUUGUUGUCAGUUCGAGCAGGAAACCAAAGAUCAAUGAUGGCGUCAGUUGCAGUGCCCGCCCACAAACACCACACAUAAGUAAAUAUUAGAAAUACUGUUUAAUUGUCUAA